AUGGUCCGCUGCGCGGCGGUGGCAGCGACCAGUUUCACGCAGUUCACGCCAGUUCACGCUGCUUACGAAAAUUGGAGCACACUGUACACUGUACACUUGAUUCGGCAUCGUCCGGUCGAGCGAUAUAUCCAACAGCCCCAUUUGUUUCGCUGUUUCUCUUCCUGCCUCAUCGUUUCCUACGAUGCGUUCAGAUAUGAUUACUUCGAGAGAAAUCUGACACCGUUUAUGAGCCAGUUAAAGGCGCAGGGUACUUCCACUGACUACAUGAUAAACAUUUUUGUCACUAAGACCUUCCCAAAUCAUCAUACGAUGGCAACAGGAUUUUAUGCGGAAACACAUGGGGUUGUAGAUAAUGAAUUUUUUGAUUCUAGUAAAAAUAAUACUACCAAGUAUUCAUAUGAAUUAUAUCAUUACAACAACAAUAUUUUACCUAUUUGGACGGUUAAUGAAAAAAAUGGCAGACAUAGUGGUACAAUGAUGUGGCCAGGCUCUGUGUUUGCAUAUCAAGGAACGUCGCCUACUUUUGCACAAGCUUUUAAUGAUACAAUUCCGUGGGAGAAGCGGAUUGAUGAAUUAUUGUCGUGGUUUGUACAUCCUACAAAUCCAAUAAAUUUAGGAAUAUUGUAUAUUGAAGACCCAGAUUACCAUGGUCAUGCCAUAGGAAUAAACAGUCCUGAAUUUAAUGAAAUUCUCCAAAAAUUGGACAAUAUUACCAAAUAUAUGCACAAUAAAAUUGAUUAUUAUGACUUGACAGAUGCUCUUAACGUGAUUCACUUAAGCGAUCAUGGUAUGGCAUCAGUUACAAUGGAAAGAAUAAUAAAUUUGACAAAUUACAUUAAUGUUACUGAUUAUACAUUUGUGGGAACUUCUCCGGGAUUACAUAUCUUUCCACAUCCUGGAAAAGAAGAGAUUAUUUAUCAGAAUUUGAAGUUUGCCGCAGAUCAAACGAAAACGUUUAAAGUUUAUAGAAGAGAAGAUAUCCCGAAGAAGUAUCAUUAUGGCAAUAAUACUCGUGUGGGACCCAUUUUUGUCAUAGCUGAAGUUGGAUACGCAUUUCAAAACCUUUAUGAUGCUAUAGAAUUUUAUAAACAGAAAUUUAAUAUCACGGUGGAUAAUCGGACAGAAUUUGGACUGCAUGGUUAUGAUAAUGAAGCUAAAGAGAUGCAUCCCUUCUUCUUUGCGAAUGGACCUGCUUUUAUGCCAAAAUGUAAAUUAGAGCCUUUUAACAAUACGGACCUAUUUCCCUUGUUUUGUGAAAUACUCAAUUUGAAAUGUCCCAUGGUUAAUGGUACUUUAUCUCACAUAACAAAGUGCCUUAGGACACAAUCGAAAGAUGUAUCAAUAUCUACAUAUAAAAUGUUCAUUGCAGUUAUUAUAACUACUACAUUAAUAGGAAUUUCUGUAGUAGCGACAAUAAUUUAUAGGAAAAAACGAAGAUUGGUAUAUAAUUAUAGAAGAGUACUGGAUGAAACUGAAAAUCAACAGUUUUGGGAUGAAAGUUUAAUUCCACAUUUAUGAAAAUCCACCUAUCGUAUAAACGUAUAAUUUUAAAGUUCGUAGUUUAUACUUCGAGUUAUCUUCAUCCUCUAGUGUACAAUUUGUUCGAUAUUUUAUAAAUAUUACAUUACGAGAAAUAGAAAACCUUCGCGUUGACUUGCGUCAAGGCUUAAGCAUAUUUAAAAUCUCCAUUUAUUAUCCGAUCUAAUGACUCGUGUUGUCGAACAGAUUUAUCGCAGAGUUGAUCGCGAGUAAGACGCGUCAUGAAGACAAUUUGCAUUAAGUUAUUCCACGUGAAAGUUUUUAUUGUAAAAUCUCUUGACAAAAACAACGAGAUGUCAUUACACAUUUGAUGGCAAUCGCUUUGUAAAGAUAUAAACAGAGAAUGUUUUAAUAUAUUCAGAAUUGCAUGCAGAUAAUCUCGAGUUUACAACAGCCAAUGAUAUCUUGUAGUAUUGUUCUCCAUUAUUGUUAGAUCAGUUCAAGUACAUCAUAACAAAAAAUCAGCCAAAUGGAUACAUUAGUUAAAUUAUAUACUGUUGCUACUAUGUUAAUAAAAAUUCUCAGAAUUACAUUUGGGGGUAAUUAGAACUGCUCGCUUACUGCGCAAAAUUUAUGCACACGCGAAAAUAAUGUUCCCUGACUGCAAAAUGUUUCCUGAUGAACAAGAUAAAUUACGUAUGCAGACUAACGUAGUCAUAUCGAUUAGAAACGAUUAUGUAUAAAAUAUGUAAAUAAUACCUGCAGGAUUCCAUUUAAUUCAUUUAUUUCAUGCAACUGUGUAUGUUAUUAAUACACGGAUGAUGGAAUUAAUCGAC